UGAAUAUUAGUAAUGAUAAAGGCAGUGUUGUUGUUCGUAAAAAUACACAAUUUCAAUCCUUAUGCUAGAAAGAUGCAGAAGUGAAUUUAAAUACUGUACUGGAUAAUAUAAAGUCUAAGCUUUGGAUGUGUAGUUAUGUAGAGCUUUUUCUUGUUUUAUGCUCAUGGGUAUAUACAUAGGGUGCGUAUUUUGGAUCAGUUAGUAGUGGAGGCGGCAUGGUGUGAGCUGCCAUGAACUUCGUCAGUGUGAGCUGCCAUGAACUUCGUCAGUGUUUUUACUACCCUCUGGGUGGUCACAAGGGCGAGUGUGACAGAUGGUGUCAUCCAGUCUGAGUCACAUGUGGUGGUAUCUCCCUCACUUGUCGCUCCAUUGGAUCCAAGUGACCCUCUAUCUCCCAGGGUGAUGACUGAAAGGCAAAUCAAUGGCGACAAAGCCAGUGGUUCAGUACCCAAGGCACAACAUCGGCCAUCAUAUGGAGGAGGGCGGCCAAUACAGAAAGUCUCGGGUGCAGGAAGCUCCCCAGGAACAUUUUUUUACCAAUCCUCUACAAACUCAUACUCUCCAUAUAAUUAUGUGACUGAAGAUGUAAAACAUCUGCUGAAACUACACCGACUCAAACGUAAAAUAACGGGGAAAGAUGAGGACUUGCCUUAUGAGUUGUCAUUAGAAACUACUAGAACUGUGUUAGGUAAGAUGCCAAAAAAGUGUAAACAGGAACAAAUUACUACAGAUAAAAUGCAAACAUUUCAGAAAAAUGGUACUUGCCGGCCAUUGAAAUACCCGAGCUUUCGUAAACCAGAAGCAAAUGAGACCAGGCAGAUAAUACAACCAAACAGGUAUGACCAGACAUCACCAGCAGCAUUUCCAACAAAGAAAAAGCAUUUUGAAACCUGGAAAAGAAUACGAGCAAAGCGUGCAAAACGUCUGGGUUAUGGACAAAGUAUUGAUGACAAAAAGCCAACAUCAAAGAGAAAGAGAAUUGGUACUUGCCAAUCAUGGAAAUACCCGAGCUUUCGUAAACCAGAAGCAAAUGAGACCAUGCAGAUAAUACAACCAAACAGGUAUGACCAGACAUCACCAGCAGCAUUUCCAACAAAGAAAAAGCAUUUUGAAACCUGGAAAAGAAUACGAGCAAAGCGUGCAAAACGUCUGGGUUAUGGACAAAGUAUUGAUGACAAAAAGCCAACAUCAAAGAGAAAGAGAAUUGGUACUUGCCGACCAUGGAAAUACCCGAGCUUUCGUAAACCAGAAGCCAAUGAGACCAUGCAGAUAAUACAACCUAAUAGAUAUAACCAGUCAUUAUCAGUAGCAUUUCCAACAAAGAAAAGUUCUUUUGAAACCUGGAAAAGAAUACGAGCAGAGCCUUCACGAAAAUGGGGUUAUGGACAAAGCAUUAAAAAUAAAAUGCAGACACUAAAGAGAAAUGGUACUUGCUGGCCAUGGAGGUACCUGACCUUUUCUAAACCAAACUGUAACCAUAAACAAGAAAAUCCAAAUAUUUCAAAAUUGAAGCGGAAAAAUGCCAUACGUCACAGGAAACCAGGAUAUAAAGACAAUAUGAGCUUGAACAAAGACACUGUGCAAAAUGAACAAACCAUUACUGAAAAAGGCAUGAAAAGCCAGUUAUUAGAAGAAUAUCCAGAAAGCUAUCCAUGGAACCUACAGAUAGGUGACAAAUCAAAUGAGCAAGCAGACUCUAGAAAAAAACGAAGCAUUCGUCAAAAGUCAUGGAAAAAGUGGAAUCUACGGAGUGGCGAUAAAUCAAAUGGCAAAGCAAACUCCUUUAAAACAAAACCAAAUACUCGUCAAGAAUCAUGGAAAAAGUGGAACAUAUGGAAUGGUGACAAAUCAAAUAGUCGAGAACACUCCUUUGAAACAAAACCAAAUACUCGUCAAGAAUCAUGGAAAAAAUGGAACAUGUGGAAUGGUGACAAAUCAAAUAGUCAAGCAAACUCCUUUGAAACAAAACCAAAUACUCGUCAAGAAUCAUGGAAAAAGUGGAACCUACGCAGUGGUGACAAGUCAAAUGGCCAAACUGACUCCAAUGAAGGACUACCAAACACUCGUCAAGAAUCGUGGAAAAAGUGGAACAUACGCAGUGGUGACAAGUCAAAUGGCCAAACUGACUCCAAUGAAGGACUACCAAACACUCGUCAAGAAUCAUGGAAAAAGUGGAACCUACACAGUGGUGACAAGUCAAAUGGCCAAACUGACUCCAAUGAAGAACUACCAAACACUCGUCAAGAAUCAUGGAAAAAGUGGAAUCUACGCAGUGGUGACAAGUCAAAUGGCCAAACUGACUCCCCUGAAGGACUACCAAACACUCGUCAAGAAUCAUGGAAAAAGUGGAAUCUACAAAGUGGCGACAAGUGAAAUGACCAGACUGUCUCCUCGGAACCAUGAUCAAAUGCGCACAAAUUUUGUUGAAAAAAGUGAACUUACAGAAUAAUGGCUCAUAGAUCUGUUUAUAAAUGCAACUAAUAAAUUAUCAUGACGUCUAGCAAAAGUGAAAUCAACAUAAAUAAUGCAGAAUGUGGUAAACUUCUCUUCAAAAGCAUAAUUGAACAAGGCAUGGAAUUUAUGGAAAAUAUCACAUUUAAAUUUUUUAAUACAAUAUCUAUAAAAUACUGUAUAAAAUAUCUCACUACUAUCAAGAUUAUUACAUACUGAACGAAUAAAAUAAGGAAGACAAAACUGAAUAAGAGGGCACUGAGUAAUGUAUAGUUUAGUUGAUUAGAUAAUUUAGACCAGAUGCCAAGUUUUGGAGUUGUUAACUAAUCAGUGCAAGGUAUAAUUUUCAGUACAACAAUCACAGGAUAGUACAAGUCCCUUGAGAUGGUACAACAAUUCCUAGAAAUGGUAAAGCAGUCACAAGACAGUACAAGUCCCUCGAGAUGGUACAAUAAUCAUGAAAUGAUACAUUCUCUGAGAAGAUAAUACAGCCCCCAGAAAUAUAACAAUAAUCCCAAGAUAAAUAUUGUACCAGAUAAUGAAAUCAAAACGCAUAAAAGUUAAAUCAAUAGAGAAGGUAAAAAGGCCUAGCUAUUUGAUGUUGGUUAGUGGCCUCAGCAGGUGCUUACCAAUUAGUGAUUUACUAUUUAUAGUAGCUAGCUAAUUACAUCUCUGGAAAUUAAGUUUUCAUAGUUGUGAAUAGAAGUGGUUUUGACAACUUUUUCCUUCGGUGCAUUCCACUUGUACAAGGUACAAUAAUUUUCUUAAAGCUCCAUGACUCGGUUGUUUAUCUACCUUCCACCAAUGUCCCUUUAUCCUGCAUCAUAUUAAUUUAAAUAAGUUGCCUUUGUUCAUGUUGUCUAUCCACAUUAGUAUUGUUUUUAUAAUGAUCAUAUCCAUUUUGUUUCUUCUCUCUGCUAAAGUUGGGAGGCAGAGUUCCCUUAACCUGUUUUUAUAGUGGAGCACUCUCAGUUCUGAGACUUAAGUACUGUACUAGAAUUGAGAGGGGGGUCGAAAACUAGUUGCAAACCUCUGUAUUUUGUAAAGUUGCUUUUUGUGCUUCACAAAGUGUUGGUUCCUUGCCAGUGCUGCAUACUCUAGUAAUGGUCUCAUAGGCAGUGGAUUUGGAUUUGGUUCUGUUUGCCAAUUUUCUGUAUGCUUUUGACAUUAUCCUGUUCACAUUAGCUUUUGGUGUUAAUGGUUGCAAUUUUAUCUUAUUGUUUCUUUACCUUAGUGUGAAGUUGCCUAAUGGUCUCCUACCUCCCUUUCCCAUCUGCAAUGCCUUACACUUAUCUGGAUUGAAUUCCAGCAGACAUUCAUCUAGCCACUCCUGAAGUUUGUCAGGACUUUCUUGCAGCACUUUACAAUAUAAUGCUAUAUAAACUGCAUUUUUCAACAAAAACAUGAAGACAGAAGCCUGAAAAUAGCAUGGCAUCACUUGCAGGGUGCAAAAUGUUCAAUUCCACAUAUUGUACAACCUAACCAACUUAGCAGUGCAUUGCGCAUUAUAUUAGCCCCGUCCCCCAAAAGAAACAACAAUUAUUCUUGGUACAAGUUGUAUUUGUCACUAGGAUCACCGCUUUAAAACUCAACAAUGCAAUGAUAUUUAGCCAUUUUAUGUAGUGACACGAGCUAGUGAUGAUAAUUAUAUUUGCACUCAUUGAUUGGUCAGGCAUUGUGCCUAUUGAUUGGUCUGAUUGUACCCCCCAUUGAUUGAUCCAAUUGUGGUCAUUGGUUGGUCUGUGGCUUUGUGGCCAUUGGUUGGUCUGUGGCCAUUUAUUUUCGAUGAUAUGACCAUUAAAUACAUCAAUAUAAAUUUUUUUUUUUUCUGAACAAAUACUGUAGGAUUGUGUUCAUAAAAUGCUGCAAUGUGUUCCCAUUUUAAUAAACAGCAAUGAGCUAAGUUUGAUAAAGUACUCCACGAGUUUAAGAAGGUGCAGCAAUGAAUUUGGUAUAGAUAUUAAAAAUAAAUAAAGAUAUUACUGUAAAACAAAAUUGUAUGCAAAUAAUA